AUGAGAAAGUCCGCCUCAGAGUCCGCGCUGGUCCCGGACGAGUUCAAAGCGGCAGCCCAUUUCCCGUUGGUCGAGAAAGACCUCGUCACCGCACGGGUGAAGCCGACUACGGAUGGGACUGUGCCCAAAAUAUCUUUCAAGCCAGAGAAGGUCAAGGCCUUGUGGUGGCCUGGGAAGCAGCACUACGUGAAGUAUCAUCCAACUUUCUCAUUCGAGGAUGCACCCGCUUGGACUCCGGAGGAUAUCCUGAAGGGAUAUGGCAUCCGGCAGCAAGCUCGGCAAAGGUUCAUUGAAAAAGCUCGGGCAUGA